AAAUAUUGCAAUAUGUAUUCAAAAACCAUAUCAUGUCUAUUAAACAAACAAAUUUUCAGAGGAUUCGUAGGUAGAAUGUCGUCUACACCCGCUUUGGAACGUGCAAAACACAACGCACAAAUCACCAAGCAAACAUUACACGAAUUGACCAACGAAUUCAACGUAUUAAAAAGGGAAUACAACGUUUUAGUCGCCAAACAAUUAAGAGACGAGAACGCCAAGCUUUCGUUAGCAGUCGAAAACGCCAAGAAUAAAUUAGUACGGUUAGAAUGCCAAAACGGCGUAAAGCAAAUAAAAAUACCCAACAGAAGCGCGACCACUUCCCAGGAGAACUCCGAACCAAAUCCGCAGGUUCGAACGGAGACACCCGAAUCCAAAAAACACCAAACUAAACCCGCAAAAGCGACGGAAAACAAACCGAAAAAGCCCAAAGAACAAGCCGAAGAACCGCCGAUCGACAUUAGCCGGUUAGAUUUAAGAAUCGGGGAGCUUUUGGACGUCCAGAAACAUCCGGACGCGGACAGUUUGUACGUUUUAAAAAUCAACGUUGGCGAGGAGAAUCCACGAACGGUGUGCUCGGGAUUGGUCAAGCACAUCCCGUUCGAAGAGAUGAAAUCCAAAAGCACGCUAGUCGUGUUGUGCAACUUGAAACCCGUCAAGAUGCGAGGAGUACUAUCCGAGGCUAUGGUGAUGUGCGCUAGUACCGAGCAGGCCGUGGAAACUUUGAUUCCUCCGGCGGGUUGCAAGGCCGGCGAAAAAGUCCAUUGCGAAGGCUACGCCGGGCGUCCCGACGCCGUGAUGAAUCCCAAGAAGAAGAUCUUCGAAACGGUGGCUGUGGAUUUGCGUACGGACGAAGAUCGGCGGGCUUGUUACAAGAUGGCGCCGCUGGAGGUGGCGGGGAAAGGUUUUUGUGUUGCUAGAACCUUGAAGAAUGCGCCUGUUAAAUAGAGACUGUGUAAUGUUGAUUAAAUGGUUUGAAGUAAGGUCUUUUACAAGGGAGUUUUUUAAUAUACAUUGUUGCCAAAACCUUGAAGAAUGUGCCUGUUAAAUAGAGGAAUAGGGCCUGUGUUAUGUUGAUUAAAUGGU